CUCGCUGCUCAAGAGCUCUAACCACCUCAGCUAGAGCGAUCGCGAGUUAGCUUGUUGGCUUGUGAUCAAUCGAGGAGCUAGCUAUAGCAAUGGCGUCCAAGGCGUUCGUGCUGUUCCUGGCCGUAAACCUGGUGCUGCUGGGCGUGGCCAGCGCGUACUCGCCCUACGACGCAACCUCGUCCACCUCAACGCAGACCACCACGUCAGGGUCGCCCGGCAAGUGCUCCCUCGACUUGCUGAAGCUGGGCGUGUGCGCCGACGUGCUGGGCCUGAUCAAGGCCCAGGUCGGCACGCCACCGGCGCUGCCGUGCUGCUCCCUCCUCCAGGGGCUCGUCGACCUUGAGGCUGCCGUUUGCCUCUGCACCGCCAUCAAGGCCAACGUGCUUGGCAUCCAGCUCAACCUCCCCAUCAACCUCAGCCUCAUCCUUAACUACUGCGGCAAGAACGUGCCCAGCGGCUUCCAGUGCUGAUCGAUCGUGUCUCGACCUAUAUAUAUGAAUAUAUGAGAGCGGCCUUGCAUUGCUUUGUUGCAUGGUUUGCUUGCUCUUUGCUCUUGUUUAUUCCACGUGCUGGUGGAUUGGUUUGCGUGCAGUGCAUGGUAGCGCGCGCUAGCGCUGAUAUCUGAUUUGGAUUAUUUUCUCUACCUGAUCUUUGUGCAUUUGUUGUAAAAAAAGGCCCGGUACUCAUCUAUGUGCUAGUGUUUCAAUAAAGUUUUGUUUGCAG